AGAGCGAGUGGAGGAAACCUAUCAUCCUAAUUUUCUGUGGUGCUUGAAGCGAUAUCGGUCAAUCUCAAGGACAAUGUCGGGACGUGGUAAAGGUGGCAAAGCCAAGUCGUCUGGAAAGGUCAAGUCGCGAUCAUCCCGCGCUGGUCUCCAGUUCCCUGUGGGUCGUAUACAUCGAAAGUUGAGGAAAGGUAAUUAUGCGGAGCGUGUUGGGGCUGGUGCCCCGGUAUACUUGGCCGCAGUGUUGGAGUAUCUUGCCGCUGAAGUACUGGAAUUAGCUGGCAAUGCUGCACGCGACAAUAAGAAGACUCGAAUCAACCCUCGACACUUGCAGUUGGCCGUCCGAAACGAUGAAGAGCUGAACAAACUCCUGGCUGGUGUGACCAUUUCUCAAGGUGGUGUGCUGCCUAACAUCCAGGCGGUACUCCUUCCGAAGAAAACUGCUGAGAAAGCGUGAGGCUCAUUUGCGCUGUAAAACCCAACGGCCCUCUUUAGGGCCACAAGUUUAUGAAUCGUGCUGUACUCAUGUGGAUCUAAUGUAUGUAUUUGUUGAUCUCUCUCCGGGGUCCGUGGUCAUGGCGGUGAUCUCUUCCGUUGUCAUGUUUGGGUGUUGGAGAGGGAAACUGGAAAUGGUACAUGUCAGUUUUGUGAACGAAGUAUGCAGUUGUUUAAAAAUUGGUGCUCGCAAAAUGUAUUACUCUAGAUGGUUCGCUGCAAUAAAUCUGCGUAAUUUAGUGACAAACACAAAACUCACG